AUGGGCUCCACGAAUGGAAGCGAGGUAAUCAAGCCUCUGAUGCUCAUUGACGGCCAACUUGUCGGCGCUUCUGACGGCAACACUUUUCCCCUCUUCAACCCAGCGACAGGUGAUAAAGUCGCAGAUGUCCCCGAAGCCACAAAAGACGAUGUCAACAACGCCGUCGCAGCUGCUCAGCGUGCUUUUCCUGCAUGGUCUGCUUUAGAUCCCGCCAAGCGCGGCGGCUACAUGAAGAAACUCGCGGGUCUGGUCAGACAGCACAAUGACGAACUGGCGUUGCUUGAGGCUAAAUCAAUGGGUCGUCCACUCCCGGAAUUCUUUGAGGGAUACGCCGCUGCGGGGAGUUAUGAUUACUACGCUGAAGCUUGGCCUCACAUCCAAGGCCAGGCAAGUCUCAAUACGCCGGGCUAUGUCACCAUGACUCUCCGUCAGCCAUUCGGUGUCGUCGGUGCUAUUGUUCCCUGGAACGCCGCUCUCCUCUUCUUCGCGGGGAAGACUGCGCCCGCGCUCAUCACCGGAAAUACAGUCGUGCUCAAAUCGAGCGAGAAAGCGCCGCUCGGCGCAGCCAAGUUCGCGGAGCUAAUCCACAAAGCAGGCUUUCCUCCUGGAGUCUUCAACGUCAUAUCAGGCCACGGCAACCCCUCUGGAGAAGCCCUGUCAUCACAUAUGGAUGUACGCGCAAUCUCGUUUACUGGUUCGGGCCGUACAGGACGGGCGAUUCAGGAAGCAGCUGCCAAAUCCAACCUGAAGAAAGUCAUUCUGGAACUCGGUGGUAAAUCGCCGGUUAUUAUCUUCGAUGACGCGGAUAUUGAGCAGGCUGCUAAGGACACUAUGCACAGUAUCCAGUGGAACAGCGGACAGGUCUGCAUGGCGAAUUCUCGCGUUUACGUGCAGGACACCAUCGCUGAGAAGUUCAUUGAAGCUAGUAAAAAAGCACUUGCAGCUGCGAAACCAGGUGAUCCAACGCAAAAGGGUGUUGAUCAUGGUCCACAAGCGGACAAAACUCAGUACGAGACUGUUUUGUCUUAUAUAGACGAGGGUAAGAAGUCAGGAAAGCUUGUUCAAGGUGGCAAGGGGAGUUAUGACAAGACGGGAGGUUUCUUCAUUGAACCGACGAUCUUUUUGGACACGGCUGAGAAUGCCAAGAUCAUGAAGGAGGAGAUUUUUGGGCCUGUCGUGAACAUCAACGUCAUCAAAACAGAGGAGGAGGCCGUUCAGAAGGCAAACGACACAGAGUUUGGACUGUACGCUGCGGUCUACACCAAGAAUAUUGAUCGGGCUAUGAGGGUCACUCAACAGCUCAACUCGGGGUAUGUUGGUAUCAACUGCACUAGUCCCACGACUGCAAGAGAUCUUCCUUUUGGUGGGUACAAGUCUUCGGGGCAGGGUAGAGAGGGAUGGCUUUACAGCAUGGACAACUUCUUGGAGGUCAAGAGUGUUAUGAUGAAGUCUUAUGUCGACCUGCUACUGAGUAAGGUCCGAGUUGCCCAGCUAAGUAGGGUCCUUUCCCAGUUUGGUUCGGGUAGUGUAAAAGCGGACAUGCUCGCUUCCGUGAAUGCGGCGGUGGGAAUCUCAUCUCAUAAUACCAAAACUCCGCAGACCUACCCCUUCCAGGCUCUACACCACUUCCAAUCUUCCCAGCAGACUCUUCUAUUCCAUCCAAAACGGCUCCAAGUCCAGCAAAAACUCAAAGUCCACGUUAAUAAAGCUCUUCCAGAGAUCAAUCUCCCUCAACCACGGCUUCGUCUGCAUAGCAAACGUAACAGCCGUACAAUACCUCAACAAAUCAUCCUCAUCAACCCCCAUCACCAAUAUCAGAUCCCCCCUAUGCAUAACCCUAUCCCCAAACUUAUCCUUGAGCACUUCCAGCCUCUUCCCCGUGGUAUGAUGUGCACUGAAUUCACUACCAGGCAUAUCCUUGGGCACAAACUUCCACUCCCACGAGCGCCCGCGACUGUCGAGGAAGCUCGUGUUUCUGCGGUUGAACAUUCCUACCAUGAAGGGGUAGUAGUGCGGUGCGGACCAGAGACGCAGAACGGCGAAUCGAGCGGUUGGGUGUUUUUGGGAGAAUGA